AAGGGCCCUGAAAUUGAUAUCCAAGGCCCCAAAGUGGACGUUGACGUUCCCGACGUGGACGUUCCCGGCCCAGAGGGCAAAUUCAAGCUGCCCAAGUUCAAGAUGCCCAAAUUCUCCAUGCCGGGCUUCAGGGCAGAGGGCCCCGAGGUGGACGUGGAGCUGCCAAAAGGGGACGUGGACAUUUCUGUCCCCAAAGUGGACAUUGGGGGUCCUGAGGUGGAGGUGGAGCUGCCAGAGGGGAAAGUGAAGGGCCCCAAGUUCAAGAUGCCCGAAAUGCACCUCAAAGCACCGAAGAUCUCCAUGCCUGACUUUGAUCUGAGCCUGAAGGGCCCCAAAGUGAAGGGGGACGUGGAUGUGACUCUUCCCAAGAUUGAGGGCGACCUGAAGGGCGCAGAGGUGGACAUCAAAGGCCCCAAAGUGGACAUCGAUGUUCCUGAUGUGGAGCUGCAUGGUCCUGAGGGGAAACUGAAAGGGCCCAAGUUCAAGAUGCCCGAAAUGCACCUCAAGGGCCCCAAGUUCUCCAUGCCUGAUGUUGAUUUCAACCUGAAGGGCCCCAAAGUGAAGGGAGAGAUGGAUGUGUCCGUGCCAAAGAUUGAGGGCGGGCUGAAGGGCCCUGAAAUUGACAUCCAAGGCCCCAAAGUGGACGUUGACGUUCCCGACGUGGACGUUCACGGCCCAGAGGGCAAAUUCAAGCUGCCCAAGUUCAAGAUGCCCAAAUUCUCCAUGCCGGGCUUCAAAGGGGACGGGGUGGACGUGGAUGUGAAUCUCCCAAAGGGCGGCGUGGACGUGGCUGGUCCCAGUGUGGAGGUGGAGGCUCCUGAGCUCAGUGUGGAUGGGAAGCUGAAAGGUCCCAAGUUCUCCAUGCCCGAAAUGCACAUCAAAGCCCCCAAAAUCUCCAUGCCCGACAUCGACCUGAACCUGAAGGGCCCCAAAGUGAAGGGGGACGUGGAUGUGUCCGUGCCCAAGUUGGAAGGGGAUCUGAAGGGCCCCGAGAUCGAUAUCAAAGGCCCCAAAGUCGACGUGGAGCUUCCUGAUGUGGAACUGGAAGGUCCUGAAGGGAAAGUGAAGGGCCCCAAAUUCAAGAUGCCUGAAAUGCACCUCAAGGGCCCCAAAAUCUCCAUGCCUGACGUUGACUUCAACCUGAAGGGCCCCAAAGUGAAGGGCGACAUGGAUGUGAGCCUUCCCAAACUGGAAGGGGAUUUGCAAUGUCCGGACGUUGACCUCAAAGGCCCCAAAUUGGACCUUCAGGCGCCCGACAUGAAGGUCCCUGAAAUGCACCUCAAGAUGCCCCACGUCUCCGUCCCUGACAUCGACCUCAACCUGAAGGGCCCAAAGGUGGAGGGGGAGCUGAAGGGCCCCAGUGUGGAUCUGAAGGGUCCCAGUGUGGAUCUGAAGGGUCCCAAAGUCGAUAUCGAGUGUCCUGGGGUCGACAUCGACGGUCCGGAGGGAAAAGUGAAACUACCGAAAAUGAAGCUGCCGAAAUUUGGGCUGAAAGGAGAUGCCCCCGAGGUGGAUGUGGAGCUGCCCAAAGGAGAGGUCGAGCUUUCGGGCCCCAAAGUGGACAUCGCUGUCCCCGAUGUGAGCAUCGAAGGUCCGGAAGGAAAACUGAAAGGUCCUAAAGUGAAAGUGCCCGAAAUGCACGUGAGCGUGCCCAAAAUCUCCAUGCCCGACAUCGAUCUGAAUCUGAAAGGGCACAGAGCCAAGGGAGGAUUCGACCUCACGGCCCCAAAGAUCGAAGGGAGCCUGAAGGGACCCGACAUCACCGUCAAAGGCCCCGAAUUUGGGGUGAAAAGCCCCGAAAUGGACGUCGAGUGUCCGGAGCUGAGCAUUGAAGGGCCGGAGGCGAACGUCAAGGCUCCCAAAUUCAAGAAACCGAAAUUUGGGUUCGGGAUGAAGAGUCCGAAGGGCGACGCGAAGGUCCCAGAGGUGGAAUUCCCAGAGGUGGAGCUGAGCGCGGAGUUACCCGACCUGAGCGUGGCGGCCAAAGGCAAGAAGAGCAAAUUCAAGAUGCCCAAACUCCACAUGAGCGGCCCCAAAGUGAAAGGGAAGAAGGGAGCCUUCGACGUGAGCGUGGCGGGGGCGGAGGUGGACGUGGGUGUGAAAUCCCCCGAGGUGGAUGUGAGCGCGGCCGGCCCCGACGUGGCCGUAAAGUCCCCCAAAGGGAAGAAGGCCAUGUUUGGGAAGAUCUCCUUCCCCGAUGUGGAGUUCGACCUGAAGUCGCACCGCUCCCGGGGGGACGCGGCAGCGGUGCUCCCGAAAAUGGAAGGGGAACUGAAGGAGUUGGAGGUGAAGGGUCCGAGCGUCGACGUGGAGGUGGGGGCAGCGGAUUGGAGCGCGAAGAAAGCCAAAGUGGCGAUUCCUGGGGUGAAGGUGGAGGGGGAGCCGGAGUUUGACCUGAAAGGACCAAAAGGCCAAGUGGAAAUGUGCGUUCCUGAAGGGAGGCUGAACGUGGGGCUGAAAGGACCCGAAUUCGACGGGAACCUGAAAGGACCAAAGGUGAAAAGCGAUGCGGAGCUCGGAGGGUCGGGAGGGCAGCUGCCCCAUCUGACGGCGCCGCGCACGGAGGGCCCCGAGCUGAGCAUCGGCGGCUCCGUCCCGUCCCUGGGCUGCCAGGGGGCUCAGCUCCACCUCUCCGGCCCUUCGGUGGCCGUUUCGGCCCCGGAUCUCAACAUGAAGGCAGAUCUCGGCGGCUCCGCCAAAUCCCCGGUGCUGUCGGUGGACGCGGCCGGCGUCGGCGUGGAGGGGUUGGGCGGAACCAUCAAACUGCCGUCCCUCCAGCUGCCCCAGUUCGGCCUCUCCGUUAACGGGGCCGACGUCGAUGGAGUCGGCGACGCCGCGUCCGACGUCCCGGCGACCAAAGCGAGCGUCCGAGGGCCGACGGCGUCGGGAGGGGGCGGCCCCAAAGAUGGCGGCGGCGAGCUGUGCGCCGGCAGGGUGUCCUUCCCCAAACUGCGGGUGCCGAAAUUCCACUUCUCCGAGCCGGAGGUGAAGGGCAGAGAGGUGGCGGUGGACGUGGAGUUCCCGGGGACGGAGGCGGGCGUCGCAGCGGAGCCCGAGGCGGACGAUGCCAAAGGGAAGAAAUCCAAACUGAAGAUGCCCAAAUUCGCCUUCUCCAAAGGGAAAGCGAAAAGCGGGGCGGCUCCCGGUUCUCCCGAGCUGCCCGGCUCCCCCGGGGGCUCCCGGGGCGACCUGAAGAGCUCCAAAGGCAGCCUGGGCUCGGCCGAGGGCGAGCUGGACGAGGGUUCGUCCUCCAAAGGGAAAUUCUCCAUCUUUAAGAGCAGGAAGACGAGGCUCCGCUCGUCGUCUUUCAGCGCCGAGCCGCCGGAGUCGGAGGGAGCGCAGGGAAAAGCCAAGUUCGGGACGUUCGGCGGCGUGGGCUCGCGGAGUAAAGGCUGCUACGAGGUGACGGGGGGCGAGGAGCCGCCCUCAGCCCCACAUCAGCCCCCUUCCGCCCCACAUCAGCCCUCCUCGGGUGCCGCCCGCGGGAUCCCUCAUUUUGAGUCCCAAAUCCCUGAUUUUGAGUCUCAAAUACCUGAUUUUGAGUCUCAAAUACCUGAUUUUGGGUCUCAAAUUCCUGAUUUAGGGUCCCAGAUCCCUGAUUUUGGGUCCCAAACGCCCAAUUUUAAGAGCUCAAAUCCCCAUUUUUGCACCGAAGCUGUGAUGUUGGCUCUCAAAUGCCGUAUUUAG